UUCGCAGCCCUCCGCCGUGGGUACACCUCGCCAAGAUCCGUCAAGAGCUCCUCCUCCCUCGUUGCCGUUGCCGCCGCCGCCUUAUCCUCCGGCGACCAGAGGCGGGGAGGGAGAGUGCGCCGGCUGCGCCCAGCGAUCGAGUGGGUGGUAGGAGAUGUUCCUGGUGGACUGGUUCUACGGGGUGCUGGCGUCGCUGGGGCUGUGGCAGAAGGAGGCCAAGAUCCUCUUCCUCGGCCUCGACAACGCCGGCAAGACCACCCUCCUGCACAUGCUCAAGGACGAGAGAUUGGUUCAGCAUCAGCCUACGCAAUAUCCAACUUCUGAAGAGCUGAGUAUCGGAAAGAUCAAGUUCAAGGCAUUUGAUUUGGGAGGACAUCAGAUUGCUCGCCGUGUGUGGAAGGAUUACUAUGCCAAGGUGGAUGCAGUGGUGUACCUUGUGGAUGCCUACGACAAGGAGCGGUUUGCUGAAUCAAAGAAGGAGCUCGACGCCCUUCUCUCGGAUGACUCUCUGGCCACCGUACCCUUCCUGAUCCUGGGGAACAAGAUCGACAUCCCUUAUGCUGCGUCGGAGGAGGAGCUCCGGUACCACAUGGGGCUGAGUAACUUCACCACUGGCAAGGGCAACGUUAACCUGGGCGAGUCCAACGUCCGCCCCCUGGAGGUGUUCAUGUGCAGCAUCGUCCGCAAGAUGGGGUACGGCGAGGGUUUCAAGUGGGUGUCACAGUACAUCAAGUAGGGCUAGCUAGCUACAAUGAUACUCCUGUUUCUACCUUAGCUUACCACAAAAGAGAGAGGGAGCUAGCUUACCUUGGUCAUGGACUCAUGGUGGUUCAUGGAGCCAGUAUAUGUGGUCAUUAUGGAAGUAGCAGUGCAAAGUCUGGGAUCUUGUGCUAGAUUUGCUUUCAACUACAGUGAGAUCUUGGAAGAGGAGCUUACAGGGUUUAAACUUCAAAAAUGCUUCAAAAAUGCUGGAGCUCUUCAUUUGUUACUGUCUACUUAUUUCUUUUUCUUUUUUGGUGGGACGAUUCAGCAGGGACUAGCUAUUGGGUGCAAUGCAUCAUGCCCUACCCUGUCCAUUUCAGAAACUUGUAUCUGCAACUCUGAAUAGCAAUGUCCAGGUUUGGUAAGGAUCUAGCACAAAUGGAGAUGAUUAUCGAGCUUUAGAACUAGAAACACAUAAGUUAGAGUUGUUUGAUGGUUUUACUGAUGCAUUGAACUGUGAUAAACGAAUAUGUUCAUCUUCA